AUGUUCAUCCAGAGUUCACAAGAACAUCAACGAAUCGCUCAAAUUCUACAACAGGAUUGCACCAGAUGGGAGUUCAACCCAUCAGGCGCUUCACACAUGGGGGGCAAGUGGGAGGCGGUGGUGAAAUCCGUCAAGUUUCAUCUGAGACGGACUAUCGGGGAGACUGUACUCACGACGGAAGAACUCACAACGUUGCUUACGCAAAUCGAGGCCAUUCUCAACUCAAGGCCCUUAGAACCGCUGAGUGACGACCCGGAAGACCGCCAGCAGGCGAUAUCCAAGUGGCAUCAUCCUAACAACAACAUCAAGGUGGGGUCCAUCGUGCUGCUCACCGACGAACGCUCUCCACCGUGCAAAUGGCCACUCGCCAGAGUAACAGCUUUGCACCCCGGCAAGGAUGGACUCACCAGGGUGGUUACCCUCAAGACGGCCACCACGACACUCACUCGGCCAAGUGCCAAGCUUGCCAUAUUACCCAUCAACCAGGUGAAGGAUCAAGA